UCACCUUCGGUGAAGCGAAAAAUAGCAGAGAGAGAGAGAGAUGGAUGGAAUACAACACAGGAUGGUGAAUGUCAAUGGGAUAACAAUGCAUGUAGCAGAAAAAGGGCAAGGACCGGUGAUCCUCUUCCUCCAUGGCUUCCCUGAACUUUGGUACACUUGGAGGCAUCAGAUUCUUGCUUUAAGCUCACUCGGAUACCACACUGUUGCACCAGAUCUUCGUGGCUAUGGCGACAGUGAAGCUUCAACUUGUGUCACUAGCUACACUUGCCUGCACAUCGUUGGUGACCUCAUUGCACUCAUUGACUCUCUCGGUGUAGAGCAGGUCUUUCUGGUAGCUCAUGAUUGGGGUGCCAUAAUCGGAUGGUACCUCUGCAUGUUCCGGCCCGAUAGAGUCAAGGCUUUCGUGUGCCUUAGCGUCCCAUUCAUGCCAAGAAAACCAAAGAUGAAGCCUGUGGAGAGCAUGAGACUCUUAUUUGGAGAGGACUACUAUAUUUGCAGAUUUCAGGAACCUGGAAAGAUUGAAGCAGAGAUUGCUCAUGUUGGAACCUCAGAAGUGCUAAAGAAAGUUCUUUCCACUCGGGAACCGGGACCCCCUCGCCUGCCUAAAGACGAUGCUUUCGGUAUUAAACCAGAUACCCCAGUUACCUUACCGUCUUGGUUCUCAGAAGAAGAUCUUAGCUACUAUGCCAACAAAUUCAAUCAGAAAGGCUUCACUGGCGGGUUGAACUACUACAGAGCUUUAGAUUUAAAUUGGGAGCUGACAGCACCAUGGACUAAUGUACAAGUGAAAUUACCGGUGAAGUUCAUUGUGGGGGAUCUUGACACCGUCUAUACUACCCCAGGGAUCAAGGAAUAUGUGCAAAGUGGUGGUUUCAAAAGAGACGUGCCUCUGUUAGAUGAAGUUGUGGUAAUGGAGGGGGUUGGUCAUUUCAUCAACCAAGAAAGAGCAGAGGAGAUUAACUCUCUUAUUUAUGACUUCAUCAAAAAAUUCUGAUCUAGCUUUGUUUAUCUACUCUUUAACUUGUCAGCGUUUAGUGUGGUAGUUUUCACGAGAUAGAAAUGAAUAAAUUCUCGACUCUCAUGAGCUCAAA